CUCCCCAAACCCUUGGUGGACACCGAAAUCCGCAAGUGCAAUUUUGGAUUUAAGCCAAAAGUUUUCAAAUUCGAGCUGAAACGUUUUUAUUCUUUAAGAUUAAAGUAGAAAAUUCUGAUUUGUUUUAGUUGAAGCUAGUAUAGUCAUCACUCACUGACUAGUGUUUAGGAAGGACACUCGCUGACUGGUGGGUCCCAUGAUGCAUCGACGAAGAAGGCUUCGGAAUUUAAGCACGUGGAGGGAGCAAUUUGGUCGCCAUCUCCCUCUCUGAGCGCGCCGCCGCGAGCGCCAACGACUCGGCGCCGGAGGCGAGGCCGGCGACUAGACGGAGCGUCACCUUGCGCUUCACGCUCUCUUUCAUCAGGUCACCCUCUCUCCGCCAUUGUAGAUCACCUUAUCACCUCUAUAGCUCAGAUAAGGAACCCUUGCGAAGGGAUCGCUCUUGGCUGUGCAGCGCCGCCACCGCCUGGGAUCAGUGACGAUGGCGGUGAGCCCGGAGCUGGAGGGCCUGCGGCGCAUCGUGCCCUCCCGCUUCAUCUCCUUCUCUUUCCCCAAUCCUCUCCUCCGGGACGCCUCCAACCCUUACGGGGACGGCGCGGCGGAGUUCCUCCGGGUGUCCGUUCUCGAUUCUCCCCUCCCUUCCCCGUCCGUCCCUCAGACGGCGGCGAUGCUUGUCCCGGCCGGUCGGCACCGUGACUGGAUCUUCUCCACCCGCGCCGGCCACCUCCACCUCCUCCUCUCGACGCAGUUCUCCCGUCUCAUACUCGUUGGCCCCGAGCUCCCUGCGCCUCUUCCUCGGGUCAUUUCUUGCGUCGCUCGCCCGGACCCGGACCCUGCUCACGCUCGGCUCCUCCCCCUCCUUCUUGCUCUCUGCCCCAGCGCUGCGUUCCGGGACAACGCCGUCCCUGACAUCCCGUUGCUCUCCUUCCAGGAUGACCUCCUUCGGCUUGCUCCUGUCAAGGUUGUCGCCGGCCCGGUUGUCGGCGAGAUGGUUGUCGAGGACGUGGCCAUUCACUUCGCUUCUGGUCCAGCCGAGUUGCGCCGCAGGCUGCGCUUCAAGCGCAUGCCCUGCCUUGUGCAGACCCAGGUGCGCCUUGCAUGUCAGUCGCCUGCUGUUCCUUCUUCUUCAUUGUUGGAAGCGCUGGAGGAGGAAGCGUCAGGUGGUUUGUUACAGCCCGAGGCAGGUGGACCUUUAGCCCAGCCUUACCUCCAAGCCAUGGUUGCCGGUCUCGGAGUGAUUGCGCCUUCAAUUGAGGAGAGUAUUCAGUCAGGUGUUAGGCCUAAGUGUCUCUGUGCUGGGCUUGGAGGUGGAUCGCUCCCCAUGUCCAUCAGAAUGGGACUUCAGUUCAAUGUUCUAGGUGUAGAGGCCGAUGGUGUUGUCCUGGAUGUUGCAAGGAAAUAUUUUGGACUGAUGGAGGAUGAGUUCCUUCGUGCCCAUGUUGGCGACGCAAUUCAGAUGAUCCAGGAUUUUGCUCGACAACGGGAGCCUGAUAUGAAUUUCAGUGCAGUUAUGGUGGAUCUUGAUUCCUCGGAUGCUAUGUGUGGUGUCAGUGCGCCACCAUUGGAGAUGACUCAUGGAAGUGUCCUUCUUGCUGCACGCACAAUCCUAUGUCAUCAUGGAGUUUUGAUUCUGAAUGUGAUCCCCCCUCCUGCAGAUGGAUUUUUCUACAAGGGGCUGAUUGAUGAUCUUCGCCAAGUUUUCUCAGAACUGUAUGAAAUAGAUGUUGGUAAUGGCGAGAAUUUUGUUCUUAUUGCCACGGUCUCACCGGUUGAAACGACCCUCACCAAGAAUUCAGGAUACUUUCUGACAGAAUUGAGGAAAUUAGCUGGGGACUUUUUGGAACAUAUCAGGAAAAUUUGACAUCCAAGUCAUUAUGUGUUUUGUUCCAAUUAGCCUCCACAAAGGCCGGUCCAUACACUUACUGUUGAGAACUUGAGAUGGCUAUUUGCUGCUGCAUAUACCACAGCUAUUCCUAAAUGCCAAACUGUGGAGUGCGUACUGUUGUGUCUAGACAGUAUACGAAGGCUUGAGAGUUCUCUCUCGUUUCGGGGAAGAUGUACGCAGCCUGUUUGCGGUGCAGAUGCUGGUGUAUCACAACAAGAAGAAUGGUUUUAGACCACUGAUCAUCAGGAAGCCUUUCUGCUUAGCUAGAUUGUGGGAGUGGGAUUCAUUCACAUGACUCCAGUCUUGUGGGCCGAUGCUCACCUCAUUUUAUGUGCUGUGUGCCUGCCCUUCGAUGUAAUAUUCAGACAGAAUGUAUCUGCUUGCGUUGAGUUUGCAUGGUGAUACCUUGCCAGGUCAUUUUGUGGCUGUAGAUUGGUUGCUGUAGAAACAAGUGCAUCCAAAUGUCCAGUACUCCGUACCUGCCGUGUAUACACACCACCUGGCAUGAGAGCAGAACCUCUGAUUAUAAGCUUUGAA